UAUUUCGUCUCUGAACCCAAAAAAAAAACACACACAAAAAAAAAAAAUUACUGGACAACGAUGACGGAUGACUCUGAGAAGAGAUUCCAUUCGAUCAUGGACAAGCUCUUUCAUUCUCCCAAAUCCGCUCCCAACUCCUCCUCCAGUUCUUCGAAUACACAAACAUCGCGGGGCAAAAAGCGGGCAAACCCGUCGUCGGCAUUGGCGCUAGUAGAACCGAAAUCGAGUAGUAAUGUAGUGGUGGCGUCGUUGGCUCCGUCAACGUCGUAUCAGGCUCCAAUGUGUAGGCCAUGGGACCGCGGAGAUCUUAUGAGGAGGUUAGCCACAUUCAAGUCCAUGACUUGGUUUGCUAAGCCCAAGGUAAUGAGUGCUUUAAAUUGUGCUAGAAGAGGUUGGAUCAAUGUAGAUAUCGAUACCAUAACCUGUGAAGCGUGUCAGGCACGCCUACUCUUUUCUACUCCUUCAGCUUGGAAUCAGCAGCAAGUUGAGAAGCUGGCUGCAGUGUUUAGCUUAAAACUGGACAGGGGGCACAAAUUACAUUGUCCAUGGAUUGAUAAUGUUUGUGAUGAAAUACUGGCCCAGUUCCCACCGACCCCAGCUCCAGUUUUAGUUGAUAAAUUCAAAGAGCGCUGCUCUGCCCUAUUACAACUUUCAUUUCUUCCUGUGAUUUCAUCUUCAGCAACCGAGCACAUGAGAACUCCUGAGCUUGAGAAAAUUCUUGAACAGUCUUUAGUGCUGCAUAAUGAGAAUGGAUCUGCAGAGAUUUCAAGAACAGAAUAUCUUGGUCAUGAACGUGAUGAGGAUUUAGAGAAGAAGUAUUAUCAGGCACAGAAGCUUAUAAGUUUGUGUGGCUGGGAACCUCGCUUAAUGCCAUAUGUGGUUGACACUGGGCAUGCAUCAACUCAGUCGCUUGUGAAGGCAAAUGUUUCAAGUUUGCUUAACGUGGUUGCUAAUGGACAGAAGAAUAUUGGCAUUGAUGUGCAGUCUACAAGAGUUGAUGAAGUGCCAGAGGCGAAUGAGAAUUACAAUAGUUAUGAUCCCAAUUCUGUUGUCCUAGAUUGCAGGCUUUGUGGAGCUAGUGUAGGAUUAUGGACUUUCUCUAUGGUACCACGACCUAUGGAACUGUUCCGAUUAGUUGGAUAUGCAGAAAUAAAUAGUGAAGAUCAUUCUGGAAACCAUGAUUUGGUCACUGAAAAUAAUCCUGAAAAUAGGAGAGAGAUCAUAAGUACUGGUUCCAAUAGUGCCACACUCGCCAAAGAGAGGUGUUUAAAUUUGACCAUUGCCGGGGGUCCGCCACCAACGAAACAAAAUUUUAAAGCAAUUAUUUCUUUGCCUGUUAUUGGUCGUGCUCUAAGGGCUCGAUUUUGUAAUGAUGCUGCAUUUUGUGAUCACUUAGGUUUUAACCAAGAAAAGGGUCACACGGGCGGAAGAGGGGAUGCUUCUGGCAAGGAGAAUGACAGCCGUACAUCAUUGGAAGGAAUAGAGUUCACUGAACCAGGAACUCUUUCUGAAUCUAGGAUACACAGCCAUGAAAUGGAACCGCAAAGUAAUUUCCAGGAUAACAUGUUGGUUGAAAAUGUAGGGAAUGAUGACUUGAACCCUUCUACUGUAACCCCUGAUGAGGGCACAAAUAGAAUUGGUGAAAACGGAAAAGAUGACGUGUCUUUGAUGGUCUCACCUCACAAUGGUGAUUUGCUACAUAUUUCCCAUACAGAUAUAGUACAUGGUGAAGAUACUUCUGUAGCUGGCUAUGAUGAGCCUUCAUCUGUUCCGUCUUGUUCGGAAACCAAUGUAGACAUGGAGAAAACCAGAAAUGAUGAUCAAACCACAUUGUUUGAAAGAUUUAACAGUCAGGAGAAUGGCGUAGGCAACAGGCAGAUUCCUGUAAACGAUGAACUUGUCUCGGGUGGUACUGGGAAGGAUCAACAAGUGUCAUCAGAAAAAGCAAUGGAGUUUGACCCCAUCAGGCAGCACAAGCACUUUUGCCCCUGGAUUGCACCAAUGGGCAAAGCGGCGCCUGGAUGGCAACAAACACAGUCUGCUUUACUACGUCAUCAAGGGUCCUCACCAUCGUCAUCCAAGGUUUCUCCAUCUGCUUCCAUAAUUGAGGUGGAUGAUCCCAUCACUUCAGUAAGGAAGCUUUUUAUGUCUCCAUCUCUUAAGCGAAUGAAGCGCGAUCUUGUAUCAACUCGAAAUACUCAGAACUAGCAAGGCUUGGAGAUCUCAUUUUUGGUAGAGUGCU